UUCCUCCUCUUCGCCUUCCUUCCUCAUUGCAACAUCUCCGGUUGAGGACCACUUUUGGACCCUUCGCUGACAUCGCAGCGCCGCUUGAUUUCACUCAGAACUCCGGUGUUUAUCCCUCCGUAGCGUCAAAAUGCCACACGAAUACCCAGCGCUGUCCCCAGAGCAGAAGAAGGAGCUCGCAGAAAUUGCCCAGAAGAUCGUCGCCCCUGGAAAGGGGAUCCUGGCAGCCGAUGAGUCCACCGGCAGUAUGGCCAAGCGCAUGCAGCAGAUCAACGUGGAGAACACCGAGGAGAACCGCCGUUUCUACCGUCAGAUCCUCUUCUCUGCCGACGACCGCAUGAAGGGCUGCAUCGGUGGGGUCAUCUUUUUCCACGAGACCCUCUACCAGAAGAAUGACGCUGGGGUGCUCUUCCCUAAGGUCAUCAAGGACAAGGGCAUUGUUGUGGGCAUCAAGGUUGACAAAGGUGUUGUCCCCCUGGCUGGCACCAAUGGUGAAACCACCACCCAAGGUCUGGAUGGGCUCUCUGAAAGGUGCGCCCAGUACAAGAAGGAUGGGGCAGACUUUGCCAAGUGGCGCUGUGUGCUGAAGAUCACCCCCACCACACCUUCCAACCUGGCCAUCAUUGAGAAUGCCAAUGUCUUGGCUCGCUAUGCCAGCAUCUGCCAGCAGAAUGGCAUCGUCCCCAUUGUUGAGCCCGAGAUCCUGCCCGAUGGAGAUCAUGACUUGAAGCGCUGCCAGUAUGUGACUGAGAAGGUUCUGGCUGCAGUGUACAAAGCUCUGAGUGACCACCAUGUCUACCUGGAGGGCACCCUGCUCAAACCCAACAUGGUGACAGCUGGCCACGCCUGCACCCACAAGUAUGCCCCUCAGGAGAUCGCCAUGGCAACGGUGACUGCUCUGCGCCGCACUGUUCCACCUGCAGUGCCAGGAGUCACUUUCCUGUCUGGAGGUCAGAGUGAGGAGGAAGCCUCCAUCAACUUGAGUGCCAUCAACCAGUGCCCCCUGCACAAGCCCUGGGCCUUGACCUUCUCUUAUGGUCGCGCCCUGCAGGCCUCCGCACUCAAAGCCUGGAGUGGCAAGAAGGAGAACGCUAAGGCGGCACAGGAAGAGUACAUGAAGAGGGCCAUGAAUAACAGCCAGGCUGCCGUAGGAAAAUACGUCUCUUCAGGAGACCAGGGAGCUGCUGCUGGUCAGUCCCUCUUUGUGGCCAACCAUGCCUACUAAAGCCAGCUCUACCUCCAGUGGUCAUCUGACGUGUCACCCGACACUGGGGGGGGGUUUACCCCCUGCUGGAAGGCUGGAGGAAGUGGGAGUGUGGCGAGCACCCACCUGUCUACCCUGCGUACCAUAGUGUGUCGUAGCUUUAGUGGCAAUGCUGUAGUCUGUCAAAGCUGGCCCUAUCUCCCCGCGUGAUGUCACCUCCUGUGUCCCAGCGUGUGCCUUCACGGAUAUCAUGAGUCAAACGGAACUUGAUAUUUAAAACGAACAUGAGCAAGAAAUUAACACCUGCUUGUCCGUCGGUCCAUCUGUCUGUGUUUGUAUGUUGCUGUCUGGAAUAUAAUAAAAAUAAAAUUAAAAAAACAAA